AAUGUUUGUGCGGCUGGCUUGACUCGGCGAAGACGAACGAGGCUCAUUUGACCGCAGUCCAAAUCUCCAUAGAGUUAAUCCUAAAGCACUCCUUUGACUCAGUCUUUUAAAGGGUUGAAAACAAAACGGGCGUUAAUAAACGGUCAGUCAGCCUCUGAUUGGCUGGAAGAGACUGGCUGGCAAUUGACGGCUCUACAGACCUCAGUCAGGGUGUCAUUACUGAUCAAACUGUUGCUGCUAAAAGAAGCUAAACAACUGUUUUUCAAGUCUAGUGACAGCGCCCUCUGCUGACUGCUAGUGGAGCAGAUGAAACAGGAUGACUGCGCUGCCGUUCCCCUGUCCUGUACAUAUGGGUGUUGUUACCACUGGAGGUGUACACGCUCAACUGCACAAAUACACUUUGGAGAGAAAUCUGACUAAGUUGGGAAAACUGCUGAAUAAGGGUGUUGAUGUGAACUGUGUGAAUCACCUGGGUCAGACGCCACUCUUCUGUGCUGCUCUGUUGGGACAUGUGAAGGUGACGGAGCUGCUCCUGCAUUAUGGAGCUGACCCCAACCAUCGCUGUGAGGACUGGAGCACCCCAGUUCAUGCAGGCGUUCUCUCCUGUAAGCCAUCAGUGGUGAGUGGCUUACUGGAUGCUGGAGGAGAUCUCAGACUCCAUGACAUUGAAGGCAGGACGCCCUUUGAUUGGCUCAGGGCGGUGAAGCAGGAAGACAGUGCUAAGAUGCAAGAGUUCUUAGAAAGCUGCAAGUCCUCUAUGCAACAGCUGUGUCAGAGUACAGCUGCGACAAAGCUUUACUGCAGGCCGUCCUACAUCUCAACAUCCAGCCUGUUGCACCCUGGAUCUUUACUGGAGCGCAUAAAAGCACGUCGAAUUGACAUGCAGUUCAACAAGAAAACACACAGCAAGAAUUCCUGUACAACAACCCAUGCUUUAGGCUUUGGAAAGGUGUGUAUUAACAAGCCAUGCCAGGUGUUGGCUGUGCCAGCAUCUAUUCCACUGAUUAGAGAGAGCGAUCUGAGCCAGGCUGAUGACGGAACUCUUCUCCCCUUUACCUGUGGCUCUGUGACCUCCAUGACCAAUUUCAGCUGGAGGGGUUCCAGGGUGACAGUCAAAACAUUGAGGGAUAGUCAGACAGACUAUUUGGACCUGCUGCCCAUGGAACAAGACUACUGCAGCCAACUGUUCCACCCACAGCUGCUGCAGCUGAUGGCAGUGAGUCUUUCUGAUGACCUCCGGACGAGUCUGGUGUUUGAACCAGUCAAUGUCGGCACGCUGCACAGCCUGCUGCACAACAAGCAUGCAGAGUUUCCAGUGCUGCAGGAAAGGUGGCUGCUGUCAGUGAUGCUGCAGGUUUGUGAAGGUCUGCAGUACAUCCACAGGGGAGGACUGGUGAUGAGGGCCCUUUCUUCCCACAGUGUGGUCCUCACUCAGUUCGCAGUGGCCAAACUAACUGGUUUAGGCUUCAUGGUCCCCAGCAGUCAGAGAACAUGUGUCAAACCCCCCAUGCACAUAGUCCUGCCCCCCAGCCUUUACAGAUGGGCUGCUCCAGAGGUCAUUAAACAGCGAGCGUGUACACAGCAGGCUGAUAUCUACAGUCUGUGUGCUCUGAUCCAGGAACUCUUCACAGAAAAUGAACCAUGGGGCACAGUGGACGUAGACCGGAUCAAACAGAUGAUGGAUGCAGGACAGACUCUGGCAGUAGACAGCAGCAUUCCACUGCCUUACCAAAAUGUGGUCCUGAAAGGCCUGCAGCAGCACCCAAAGGGCCGUACAUGCACCCUGCAGAGCCUGUGCUACACUCUGAAACUGGACAUCAAGAGGUCCUCCCUCGUGGAACAGACGAGUGGUGGGCUGAACCACACAGAACCAGGUCAGGAACCUGAGGUCCAGAUCACAACACAGCGUACUACUGUGGAGGAAUCAGAUCAGAGCAAUACUGAGAGCGAUACAGAGUACAACACACUAACAUUGGUCAGGCCAGGCAUAAUUAAGGCAGACGCAGUAGAUGAAAGACAAGUCCACCUGGACAAACAGCAGUACAGAGUAGCAAGGCCAGAGCUGGGGAGAGAAAGAGAUGAAUCAAUCCUUCAUCCAUCGUACCCUUACAAAGACCUGCUUCCUCUGCUUGGUGAGUUGGACUCGCUAAGUGAUGAGGAAGAACCUGAUCCAGAGUCAGACAUAGACUUGGAGAUAGCGGAGCAGCUGGAAGACCUGAUGCUGUCCAAAAUGGGAAUGAAUGAGCAGAUCAGCACCAUUACGGUCAACCUCAAAGUGUCCCAGGAGUUGCUGCAUCAGGCCAACAGAAGCCUAGACACUGUGGAAAGACACACCCACAGAAGGGAGGACCAACUGGACUCGGUGACCUGGCUCAGAGAGGCUCCUCCCUUUACCCACAUGGACUCCUCAUGUCCAUCAUCCACCAUCUCUAACUUCUCUAUGUCCUCCACAAAGCUUCCAGGAGUUAAUGCUGCUGUUGGACCACAUUCAAAGCAGUACAGUCUUUUACCACUCAUGGGAGAUGAUUGGAAAAAGAACCUGGAGGCCCAGCUUCUGAACAGAGAUUGGGAGCUGCUGAGCCAAGAAGAGUUGGAUUUAUGGCUGAGUCACUUUCAGGUUGAACAGCAGCAGUAUGAGGAGGGCCACUCAGUGGACGCUGAUGACAGCACAGAGGAGCUAAGCCAGUACACAUCAGCUCUGGACAGAAGCCUUCUCAACAUCCUCUCUGGGAAGAAGCAGGAGACGUCCAGUUCACAAGAAGAAGCAGAUGUUACAGUGGAGGUGUGCAGGCCAGCAGAUAGUGGGAGUCUACUGCUAGAUACUCACAAUACCAAAUAUGAGAGCUUUCCAGACAACUUUGAGAAAAUGGACACUAAUCCUGAUGUCAGUGGAACACAGGAUCAGUAUACAACCAACACUGACAUGCCUCAGUCAGACAUGGUGGAUAUGCUGGCUGAACUCUCCAGCAUCUCACACUCCCCAGCUCAGCCUCAGGAGAAACUCUACAGUAUCAGGGCCAACGGACCAGCCCCACCCUGUAAUAGUACCCCACGAAGCCCAGACGUAUGCCGGCGAGUGAUGACUGGUGUGAUUGAGGACAAUCUCCCAGACUCCCCUGUCUGCAGCCACCUCAACUCAGAGAGUUUCACCACACCUAGAGAAAGCUCAGUAAAGCAUCCACCUUUCAAGGUAGACUCUAGCAGCAGUCCCCAGGGCUUCAUCACAGCCAGCCAGGAGAAAGGCCUGCUGGACAUUGGGUCUCUCAGCUUCACUGUCCACAGCUGCUGCACUGUGGAAGACUCACAGGAAGAGGAAGAGGGAGAGUGUGAACAGGAGCAGAAUGAAGAGAGGCAGGAGGAAAUGGAUGGAACCAGUCAGAGUCAACCAAGGACAUAUGUGGAGGAAGAAGAGGGGGAGAGGACUGAAGAGGAGCCUGAGGACAUGAAUAAAGGAUUAGAGAUCAAUGAGUGCACUAAUGAAGGAGAAAUGGUGGAAGAGGAGAAGGAGAGAGGAAAGCAUGUUGGAGAAGAUAGUGAGGAAGAAGAGCAUGGCCAGUGUGAGCCACAUAGAGAUGUAGGGUCAGAAGUGGAGGAAGAAAAUAUUGAUGACAAGAGGAAGGAAACAGGAUUAUCUAGCCGUGGAGAAACAGGAGACAACCCAUUGGUUAAAAUCGUGACUGUCGAUGAGCAGAAAGAGCUCAGAGUGUCUCCAGAAUCUAAGCAAAGUCACAGUUUAUUGGAGGACACCAACAGGUGUGUCUCUUUGUUCAGAGCCCACUCAACACUAGAUGAUGUGCUGCUGGGCUUUGUCGUGGAGGACAUCAGAAAGAGUCCAGGAACAAGUCAAGGGGUCAGGGCACUGUGUCAGCUGUUUGAAGGGCAGCCUGGUGGUGGUGAAGGACACCCAACAGGAGAUCAUACACACACAGUCAGCUCCAGUGAUGACUCAGCCUCCACCUGAAAACACUCUCAACUGGACGACUGUUGGACCAGAAACCAGACUCUUCAUGUUCUCGUUUGUGUUUUCGUUCCUACUGUGGCAAUUACAGGGAGCUUCUGUUUGUAAUGUAUUGCUACUAGUUUUCUGUUUUUAAGCAGAGUUUGUUAUUUUGUUACUCUGGAACAUUAUCAGAAUGUUACGGAAGCUGAAUGAACUGACUAUAUGAUUUCAUUGUUUAAGUCAGAACUGUAAUAAAGUGAAUUAAGACUCA